AUGAUAAUACCUGUUCAGAGGAGUCAGCUGAAGAAAUUUGAGAACAAAGUUGAAAGAGGGGUUCUGAAUUCAACAGAGCAGAGGAUACUGAUUAACUGGAACCUUUUCAGUCAGGGUUCAGGUCUGGGCAUGGAACUGAAACAGGUGACUCUGGUAGAUGACCUUCUUCGGGACUUAGAUGAAGUACCACCUCCUGCAGAUGGCACUGAGGAAGUGGCUGUCAUCCGGCUUUCCGGUGGCCAAGGGAAGAUAGAUGAGAAGAAGCAGGUUCUUAUUGAGAAGGCUAGAACCGGUACUUUUAUUCAGACAGACAAGGCCAUUUACAGUCCAGGACAAGAGGUGCUUUUUCGGAUCAUCACCCUCGAUUCAGGAUUUAACGUGUUAAAUAAAAAGUAUCAACUGGUAGAGCUGCAGGAUCCUGCAGGGAACCGGAUUGCACAGUGGCGUAACGUGGAACCGGAGCAGGGGAUUGUGCAACUGUCUGUCCGUCUGGCAAAUGAACCAAUGUUUGGCACCUAUGAGAUCAGUGUGGACAAUAGGCAGGCCACACUAUCCUUCGUUGUGAUGGAAUACGUGCUCCCCAAAUUUGAGGUGAAGGUUGUAGAACCCACAAAAAUCUUUUCAGCAGAUGGCAACUUCCCUCUGAAAGUCUGUGGCAGCUACACAUAUGGCAAGCCUGUUCAGGGUUUACUGCAAGUAUCCUUGUGCCAGAAAGCUUACCAGUUUUAUUGGAGACCACUUAAUACAGCAGCACCAACAGAUAUUUGUCAGGAUUACUCAAGCCAGACUGACAAGACUGGUUGCUUUUCUGUUUCUGUGGAAUUGUCACAGUUCAGGCCUCUGAGCUAUGAUUACAGCCGUAGCAUAGAUUUGGUGGCUAUUUUGGAAGAAGCUGGAACAGGAGUGCAAGCAAAUACUACUCUUCAAAUCCCAAUAUCUUCUCAGUUAGGAUCAAUGUCCUUUGUGGAAACAGAUAAUUACUAUUACCCAGGCUACCCCUUCAGUGGAAAGCUCAAAGCCUUGCAAAAAGAUGGAUCCAUUCUGAAGAACCACAAGGUGUUCUUAUUCAUUAAUUUCAGAAAUGAGCGCAUCAAGAUGCCUCUUACCACUGAUAGUAAUGGAGUGGCUGCCUUCACUUUGGACACAGAUUCCUGGAGUGGAAUGGGGGUCUCUUUACAGGGAACGUUGCAGCUGCAGGAACCAGUGUACAGCUCACAGAUCAGCCAGACAUAUGAGAAUGCUAAUCUCUACCUCACACCAUUUUACACCACAACCAAGAGCUAUGUGAAAAUCCAAGGGCUGUCAACAGUGCUCCCCUGCAACCAGAAGCAGGAGAUUCAAGUGGAUUACAACAUUAGCAACAGGGACCUAGAAGAACAAGGGCAAGGCAGUGUCGUCAUCUUCUCCUACUACGUGACCAGAAAGGGGCAGAUCCUUGUGCAUGGACAAAAGACUGUGAAGAGUAAAGGUGGAGCUCUACAAGGCUCUUUCUCCAUCCUCCUGACUUUUAAUUCUGACUUUGCACCACAGUCAUCUCUGGUUGUUUAUUCUCUCUUCUCUGAUGGUGGUGUCAUUGCGGACAAAACUACAUUUGUUGUCUCCAUGUGCUUCAAAAACCAGGUCAGUCUGGGGUUGCCUCAGCAGCAAGAAUUGCCAGGAUCAAACAUUGAUCUUACACUGAAAGCAGCUCCUGGUUCGUUAUGUGCUGUCCGUGCAGUGGAUCAAAGUGUCUUCCUCCUCAAGGAGGAGCAAGAGCUCUCCAAGGAAACUGUAUAUGGCAUGUUUGAUUUCUCUGAAGGAUACCCUUAUCAGGUCUCUGAGUAUGACUAUUGCUUUGAACCUUUCCAACCGUGGUGGCGUAGGAGGCGCUCUGUCUGGAGACCCCAGUAUGACUUUGGGAUUGACCUCUUCAGUUUCCUCAAGGAAAUGGGACUGAAGGUCAUGUCAAACUACAAAAUAAAGAAGUCGGCUUCAUGCAGCAGCUAUCCAUUUUAUGGUGUCACCUCAGCAGCUAUGCCAAGGGUGUUCACAACAGAAGCUUACAUGGCCCUACCUUCUCCCUCACCUGACCAACCCUUUGAAUCCCAAGUCCGUCAAUUGUUUCCUGAGACCUGGCUGUGGGGCUUGUAUCCUGUUGGUGUUUCAGGAACAAAGCAAGUGCCUGUCACAGUUCCUGACUCCAUCACUGAAUGGAAACUCAGCAUGUUCUGUACUUCCCAAAGCCAUGGGUUUGGGAUUUCCCCAGCAGUGGGCUUGACAGCCUUUAAGCCUUUCUUUGUGGAUGUCACCAUGCCCUACUCUGUGAUUCGUGGGGAAUCGUUUCCACUGAUUGCCUCCGUCUUCAGCUAUAUGAAACAGUGCAUACAGAUCCAGAUUACCCUCUACAGGUCUGAAGACUAUGAGGUACAAUUAUGCAAGGGAUGUAAAUACACCAGCUGCCUGUGCACUAAUGAAGCCAAAACCUUCUCAUGGAACAUAAGGGCUACUAAACUGGGCAUGGUAAACUUCACUCUCAGCACAGAGACACUGAAUCAUCGAGUAUUGUGUGGCAGUGAGCAAACAAUUGUGCCGGAAAAGGGCCAACAAGACAUCUUGAUCAAGCCUCUUCUUGUCCAGCCUGAAGGUGUCCUGGUGGAGAAAUCUCAUAGUUCCCUGCUAUGUUCUAAAGGAGCUUUGGCUUCAGAUUCAUUCUCCCUGCAGCUACCUGAAGAUGUUGUGCCAGAUUCAUCCAGGGCCCAAGUGUCUGUCAUUGGUGAUAUAAUGGGGAUGGCACUGCAGAACUUGGAUAAAUUGGUGAAGAUGCCCAGUGGCUGCGGAGAGCAAAACAUGGUCCUGUUUGCCCCCAUCAUCUCUGUGUUACAAUACCUGCAGAGCACAGGGCAGCUGAAUGAAGAGCUAAAGACCAAAGCAAUGAACUAUCUGCAGUCAGGUUAUCAAAGAGAACUUCAGUACAAACACAGUGAUGGUUCUUAUAGUGCCUUUGGACCAAGUGAUGGACAAGGCAAUACCUGGCUGACAGCUUUUGUAACCAAGUGCUUUAUUCAAGCCAAGCAAUUUAUUUUUAUUGAUGAACGGAAUAUCCAGGCUUCUUUGGAGUGGCUGAGAAGUAACCAGCUGCCCACUGGGUGCUUUGCCAACGUGGGGAGGCUCCUCCACACAGCAAUGAAGGGAGGUGUGAAUGAUGAAGUUUCUCUAGCUGCCUACAUCAUUGCUGCACUCUUGGAGGCCCAAAGGCCACUUGAGGAUCCAAUGGUGAAGGAAGGCUUGAACUGUCUCAGAAAGGCUGUUUCCAGUACAACAGAUGUUUAUACACAGGCAUUGUUGGCAUACGUUUUUUCUCUGGCUGGAGAUACCGUCCUCAGACAAAAAUUGCUUGCCAAGUUAGACCAGCAGGCCAUCAAGUUGCCAGGAGGGCAGAUCUAUUGGAGCCGGAAACCUGCCUCAACUCCUAGCCAGACCCCUUGGUCCCAACCUGAGUCUGUGAGUGUGGAGCUGACAGGCUAUGUAUUGCUGGCUACCGUCACCAGUGGAAAGGUGAUCAAAGAAGAUAUUGGGAAGGCCACAGGCAUUGUGAAUUGGCUGGUCAAGCAGCAAAACGCCUAUGGAGGCUUUGCCUCAACUCAGGAUACUGUGGUUGCCCUUCAAGCCCUAGCUAGAUAUGGGGCAGUGACAUAUGUUGGAUCUGGAGAGCUCUCGAUCAUAGUGAAAUCUAAGACCUUUCAACAAUCAUUCCAUGUGGAUAAUACCAAUCAGCUAUUACUUCAGCUGUCAACCUUGCCAGAUAUUCCUGGGGAGUACACAGUGCAGGCUUCUGGUGAAGGUUGUGUCUACAUACAGGCCAUUCUACGCUAUAACAUGCCUCCCCUGAAGACUGCAGAGACCUUCUCCUUAACUGUGGAAGCAGAAGGGCAAGGAUGUGAAAUUCAGACGGUAUCCCGUUUCAUAACUCUCAACAUCAAUGUAAGUUACGUUGGCAAUCGGGGCGUUUCUAACAUGGCCAUUAUAGAAGUGAAGAUGAUGUCUGGAUUCUAUCCUGCCCAGGGUACUAAAUACUUUCUUGAACAGCAGCCACUUGUGAAAAAAGUGGAGUUUGUACAGGAAUAUGUCAACAUUUAUCUAGAUCAGGUUGGAAAGAAGAAGCAGUCAUACACUUUCAACAUGAGCCAAGAUAUUCUAGUCAAAGAACUAAAGCCAGCUACUGUUAAAGUCUAUGAUUACUAUCAACCAGAUGAAACGGCAACAGUGGAAUACGAAGACCCCUGCCAAUGAGGAGAAGAAAUAUUGCUGAUUCCAGCUGCAUAGUUUUCAGCGCUUUUGCAUGCCCAGAGUUCAAUGCACAUGCUCAUCAGAAUUUUCUGUUUAAGAGAAACUACAUUUCUUUUUUUGAUUUGCUUGAAGUGCCAUUUUUUAUGGCAAGAAGAGCCAUAAAACUAAGGAACUCUAGAAUAA